CUUGAAUUGUACUAUACGCAAGAGUUACUGAAGGCCGCCGUCGAUCUUGUGGAACCUUAGAAAGAGCGGAAAGCACGACUGCUCUGUCACUCCUCCUCUGCAAUCCUCUGCAACAGAAGUGUCGAGAGAAUACAAGAUUUAGAAGAACCCCCAUAUUUUGAGGGAAAUUGAGAAUCUGCAAAAGAGAUCAUCUGUCAGUAUGGACCCAACUGAAUACCUGCUUGAUAAUGGAUGGCUCCCAUCGAGUGUGAUUCGACUAGGCAUACGGCGCCAACUGGCCACAAGGUUAGCGUCUAUAGCGUCCACGACACUGUCGACAUCAUGGGAACGCAAGAUGGACUACAUCCAGCAGCUGCGGAGUCGACCGAUGGCCAUCGAGACCGACAAAGCGAACGCGCAGCACUACGAGGUGGGAACAUCGGUGCUCCAAGCUUGCCUGGGCCCUCGUAUGAAGUACUCAUGCUGUCUGUACCCGACCGGUGGCGAGACGCUGGCUCAGGCCGAGAUAGCCAUGCUUGACUCAUACGUCGAUAAGGCUGAUUUGAAGAAUGGGCAACGUAUCCUGGAUCUGGGUUGUGGAUGGGGCAGUGCCAGUUUGUACCUGGCCGAGAAAUUCCCCGGUGCCAACGUCACGGCAUUUUCCAACUCCCGCACUCAGAGACUCUACAUCGAAGGCCAGGCAAAGGCCAAGGGUCUGACCAACCUGACCGUCAUCACAGGCGAUGUGGUGACACAUGAGUUCGAUCACGAUGCCUAUGACCGUGUUGUCAGCAUCGAGCUAUUCGAGCACAUGAAAAACUAUGCGUUGUUGAUGGCCAAGCUGUCACGAGCGUUGAAGCCCGGCGGCAAGCUAUUUGUGCAUAUCUUCGCGCAUCGGGACACGCCGUACGACUUCGAGGAGGGCUGGAUGAGCACUCACUUCUUUACAGGGGGAACCAUGCCAAGUGCAGACCUGUUGCACUUUUUCCAGGAUGAUCUAUCGUUGGUGGAGCAAUGGUGGGUUAGUGGAAAGCAUUACGCAAAGACUUGUGAAGACUGGCUGAGCAAGAUGAAUGCCUCCAAGAAGGAGAUCUGGCCUGGUUUGAAUGAAACAUAUGGUGCAGAUCAGGCUGCCAUGUGGUUCUACCGCUGGCAGAUCUUCUAUAUGGCCUGUGCCGAAUUGUUCGCGUAUGGAGGCGGUGAGGUUUGGGGGGUUUGUCACUAUUUGUUCGAGAAGAAGGUCUGAGAGGCGUAGGGAGCGUCUGCGUGCAAGGAGAGUGCGGUUCUUAAGAAUUGUCAUGUCCUGCUGGAUGGAGCUGAUCUUUGGGCAAAAAGGGUAAGCCGAUUAAGCAGGUGGGGCUGUGAGGCGAAUGCAAGUUCUGUGUCACUGUGAAGAAGAG